GACGGAAGCCAUUGGAGGUAGAGUUCCAAUUCUAUUCAUGUAGCGUAAACGACGUUUAGCCAAGCCUAAGAAGUGUAACCAAGUAAAGCAGGCUCGUAUUCAAUCAAGAGUGACAUUUGUGUCAAGGAGACAAUUGAAUUGACAAAUAUUGUUCGUACAAGUUCUCUCCACUUUACUUUAAUACAUCAAGUCCUUGCUCGAAAUCUUAUGGAGGAUGAUGAAACUGCUGAUGAAACACUUCCAUGCGCCGAAGAUCAGUGUGGGAGUGUCGAUGUACUUGAAAAAAUCGAAAAUAGUUGCGAAGCAGUUCCUACUAAUAAAGAUAAGGAAAGACGGGAUGCUCAGGUUUCCACUAUAGAGGAGUCCGAGCGAAUUUCAUUUAGAGGAAUAGAUAUGCUAAGACUGAAAGUGAAUGGAAUGCCCAUGUUUACGUUUCACGAAAUUAUGCAGAAAAUAUCUCCCAAUUCAAAGCGAGGUACCAUUAACAGCAGAUUUGCAAGACUUCAAGCUGUCAAGUACGCCUGCAACAAAGCCGAUUUAAAGAUAAUUAAAGAAUAUGGAGGAAUAGAACCGCAAAAGUACAACUGCACACUUGUAGCGCAAAGUGAUGUUGAGAGAUACUUUGACAGAUACAAUAAUGGCGUUAAAACUAACCGUUAUAGUUCAGAAUUAAAUGAUCGAGUGUUAGGUGAAAAAAAACAACGGAAACGCUGGACACAAAAACCGUCAAUUGAUAAUGAUUUCCACGCAAGUCCAAGUAAAAGCAAGGAAAAUCAACAUGAUUUUUCUCAAGACUUUGUAACUUUGAGUUUAGACAAAGCUCCUUUAGAUAAAGCAGCCAUGUCAAUGAUUCAAACGACUUCUAUGACUGACGACGAAGAAGUAUUAUGUAAAAAACUUUUGCGUGAAGAUGAUGUGGAACAGAGGAGUGUGCUCAGUAUUGGCCAUAAACGCCAGCAUCCCACGGAAUACGACCUGCUUCAUACACAGGAACAAAAAGACGACAAUUUUUCAUCUGAUAAUUAUAUUCUAGAUGUUAAUUCAAACAUCGUUGAGAAUGACAACUCUCAGAAGAUUGUGACACAGCUGAAUAUUGAUAAGGUGCACACGUUUUCUAACGACAAUGAAGAAAUAAGCCCUCACAAGUCACCUGGUUUGUUAUUAAAACGUGUUGAUGAUAAUCAAUGGCAUGUGGCUAACGAAGCUUCUAUUCAUGAUGUAUUUAUGACGGAAGAAGACUCUGUGAACAUUUCAACUGCUAAAGUUGUAAGACACGAGCCGAAGUUGAUAUUGAAAAGGCCAAAGAAGCGAAAGAUAUCGAAAAGAAAAUCGUCUCCGAGGAUGAAGACGGUGGAUACCCUAAAUGAACGUUUAGGUGAAAAGAAUGUUGGUAAUAAGGAUGGAAGGAAAAUGCAAACAUCAAAACAAUCCACAAUACCUUUGCAAACUUUAGAGAAAGACGACAACAUAGUUGAAGAUUACUGUUUUGACAAAGAUUUGCGAGAAAACAGAAAUGGAGAGGAUAUAUCUUUUGAGUUUCAAACUGAACACUGUGAAACUAAAGACUUGAACAGUGAAACCACCACUAAAAACCCGACUAAAUUGGCCCGAAAAAAAAGGCAAAGAUGUAUCGAAGAGAAUAGUUUUUGUUUAAUUGAUACAAUUCCUUAUCCUCCUUCAUUAUUUGUCAAAAAUGGUGAACUGUGCCCAACAUAUACCAUGGUUUACAAUCAAAAGAAUCGUAUUCCCGGAAGCUGUCAUGCCUUAUGGAGAUGGCGCCUGGGGAAACCGGUUAAAAACCAGAUAUUAGCCAGAGUGCAAGAUGAAAGGGUGAAAGAAAGAACUCGAGACAUCGAUGAACUUAAUGUUGACGGUGAAUUGUCUUCUGAUAUUGAUUGUUCACGUAAUGUUGACAAAUUUUCCACUAAUUGGAUUACUGAAAAAGAAAGCGGGAAUUCGAAAACACGUUACACAACAUUGAUUAAAUCACCUGAAGAAAAAGUAGAUUUUAUUUUAAAUGUUCAGUCGACGUCGGAUAAUGCGAAGUUCAUAGAGACGGUCUCUAGUGAUGUAUUGGCAUCGAAAAAUGACCUCAACCUUUGUGGAAAAAAUACCUUAUUUGAAAAAAUAGCGGAUUAUCCGUCAUCAUCGACAAAACAGGAAGAUAUUUUAAGUUCGAACAAUACACGAUCAGGCUCAACUGACACAAACUUUAAAAACCUGAAAGAAGAAGUAAAAGAAAUAAAUAAAAUAUUGCCUGUGGUGUGAAAAGACAACUUUAUCACGGAAGUCUUCUGUUGUGAACAUCAGUCGCUUCUAUAAAGAUAUAAGUCCGAGAUAAAAAUAAUAACUGUAUAAUUUUACUUUUUAUGAUGACAAAAACUUGAAGGGGAGAGCAGGCUUUUCUUCCCAAGACUGUUUAAUAAUAUUUGUAGUAGCGGCAGUUGAUUGUGCAUGGGAGACGUACGUAAUGGUGUCAUCAAAACACCUAAACUCAAAAUGAGAUGAUCCAGUAUUACUUUAGUCACGGUUAUAAGACAAGCUUCAUCGUAUCUAGAAAUUAUCAUAUAUAAAUGAAAUCAUCAUUAUUUUUAUUCUGGGUGCUAUGGGCAUAGAGUAAAUAUUUUAAAUUUUUAACACAUCGCUCGAUUGAAUUCAACCAACCAUUUUUAGGCCAACAUCGACAUUUUAUUGAACAAUAAAAAUAAAAAUAUACACACCUGUA